AUGCAGCUCACAAUACGCUCGGCACUCGCCGCGCUGGCGCUCUGCUCCGUCGGCGCCUCUGCGGCCGCCGCUCCACCGUCCGACGCUGGCCUGAGCUACGUCCUGACCAACGCCAAGCUCUCGCUCUCGACCGUCGACGGCUCGUCGCGCCUGUCGCAGUCGUUCAGCACCGCCCCAGACUACAGCCUCAACGCGCCGCCGUUUGACCUGGCCGCGCCGACGCAGCUCGAAAACGACGACGUCAUCCGCCUCGGCUUCUCGCUCGGCGUCCAGGAGGGCUCGGGCAAGGGCGAGGCCAAGUUCAGCAAGGAGCACCUGCCCCACCAGGCCUUUGUCGUCCUCGCCGAGGCUGGCAAGGCCUCGGCGGUGUCCAACGCGGCCCAGACCGCCUGGCCGAUCCAGGUCAAGCCCAGCUCCGGAAAGGCGUCGUGGAACCUGAGGAUGGAUCGGAUCCCCUCGCACCUCCUUGAAGCCGAGGGCCCGCUCGUCCUGUCGCUACUCAUCUCCAACUUCCCCGCAUCGUCGGCCGCCACGGGGAGCUACCAGCCGCUCAGCCUGCCGCUCAUCUCGCUGCGCCUGCCCAGCUCGCUGCAGAGCGCUUCAGCGGCUCCCUCUGCCCGCGAAAAGGCCGAGAUCGAGCAGGGCUUCCGCGGGUGGCCCUACAACUUCCACACGUUUGGCUCCUCGCCGGCCGACUCGAUGCCCAGCCGCAAGCUCAGCCUCGUCGCCUCGGUCGUCACCGUCGCCGUGCCGUGGAUCGUGCUGCUCGGCCUCAUCGCCACCGUCCAGCCCUCGCUCUCCGCGCCGACCGCUCGCAUCUCGCUGCUCUUCGUCAGCCUGGUCGGCCUCGAGGCGCUCGCCAUCCGCUACUGGAUCGGCAUCACCCUCUUCCAGAUGCUGCCCUUCCUCGCCGGCGGCGGCCUCGUCACCCUCAUCAUUGGCAAGUCGGCCCUCGGCGACCUCCGGAGGCAGAGGCUCGUAAAGGCGGCGGCCGCAAAGUAG